AACCCCCUUAGGGCAAGAGCUGAAGAACUUCCUUAUGAUUUUUUGUUUUGAGUAGUAAUUUUGGGGUCUCCAUUAGCUCAGUGACCGUGAUUGCAUCUUACGAAGCCAGGAAGAGGUGUAAGUGGAAUCCAAUUACAGCAGCCAUGACUGACUAUGCACAAGAGCAGGAAAUGGAAAUUGAAGCAUUGGAAGCUAUACUUAUGGACGAGUUCAAAGAAAUUCACUCAAGUGAGAGUGGCCUAAACACUUCUGGUAGAUGCUUUCAAAUAACACUGUCUCCACAGGAUGAUGAGACAGACGAAUCAACAAAUAUGCCAGUUCAGCUGGGUUUGAUUUUCUCGCAUACAGAGAAAUAUCCUGAUGAACCUCCACUUUUGAAUGUGAAAAGUAUUAGAGGAAUCCCGGGAGAAGAUCUGAAGAUUUUGAAAGAAAAGCUUCAGCAAGAGGCUUCUGAAAAUCUUGGUAUGGCUAUGGUCUACACACUUGUAACAUCAUCUAAAGAGUGGCUAUCUGAGCGAUUUGGUCAAGAAAGUAGUCUUGAGAUUGCCGAAGCAGAAGAGAGAGCAAAAGAAGAUGUAAUUGUACCUCAUGGAGAACCUGUCACCCUUGACACAUUUUUAGCAUGGAGGGAAAGAUUUGAAGCAGAGAUUGCACUGGAACGAGCCAAGAUAAUGCCCGAAUCAGCUCUUACUGCACCUAAGGAGAAGAAACUUACUGGCAGGCAGUGGUUUGAGAGCGGAAGAGCUUCUGGGAAAGGUGCAGCUCCAGUUACUGAAGGAUCUGACGAAGAUGACGAGGAAGAUAUUGACUUCGACGAGGAUGAUUUUGAAGAUGAUGAUGAGGAAGACAUGCUUGAGCACUAUCUAGCGGAGAAAUCAGAUUCAUCCUCUCACUCAUCCAGAAGGCCUUAGUUAUUUAUCAGUUUAUUUGCUUCAUUACAAGAAUGGAUAUCAAAUUUUGGCUUGUAAUCUUACUUGGAACCAGGAUGACAAUUUUUCCAUUUAUACAACUUUUUGUUCUAUUCAGUUACGAUGAAAUGAGAUGACUGAUGAUCUUGGAAAAGUUGGAAGUUCA